GGGUAUUGCCCGGUGCUCCUGCCUCCCACCUGGUCCCAGCUGCAGGGAGCCUCAGGGGGCUCUAGGCUGCAGGAGUUGGAAGGUGUUUGCCAGCGACGGUCAUCAUGGCUUGCAGGAAGGGGUGCUCAGACAGUUCGAUCAAGUGGGCGCUUGCCGGCACUGCCAUUGCGGCUCUGGUGUUGACUGUUGGGAUAGUCCUGUCCUUAAAGCUGCAGCAGCCAGGCCUCAUUCCAGGCUACAAGGGGAACCCAGCCUGCCACCCCAGUGCGGAUAUGCUGGACUACCUGAUGAGCCUCGGCCAGAUCAGCCACCGGGAUGGCUUGAUGGUCACCUGGUACCAUGGUGCCAACAGCCAGGAGGAGAUGGGAGCUGCCCUGAGCAGCAACGCCAUGUUCCUGGAGGCGGACAUCACGAUAGAAGGGCUCAACACGGCCAAUGAGACAGGGGUCCCUGUCAUGGCGCACCCGCCGGCCAUCUACAGCGACAACACCCUGCAGCAAUGGCUGGAGGCCGUACUGAGCUCUUCCCAGAAGGGCAUCAAACUGGACUUCAAGAGCAUCAAGGCUGUGGGCCCCUCUCUGAACCUCCUGCAGCAGCUGACAGAUGAUGGGAGAGUCCAGAGGCCUGUGUGGAUAAAUGCUGACAUACUCCAGGGUCCCAAUGUGCCCAUCUCAAUUGAAAUCAAUGCCACACAGUUCCUGGCCUUGGUCCAGGAGAAGUAUCCUGAGGCCACCCUGUCUCUAGGCUGGACCACCUUCUACUUGCCCCCAUUCCUGAACAGAACAUACACCCGAGACAUGGUGGAGAAGAUGCAAGAGCUGGCGGGACCGCUGCAGCAGAAGGUUAACUUCCCUCUGCGGGCUGUCAUGGUGCGGGCUGCCUGGCCCCAUUUCAGCUGGCUGCUGGGCCAAUCUGAAAGGUACAGCCUGACACUGUGGCAGAGCGUCACGGACCAAGUAUCAGUGGAUGAUCUUCUCUAUAUCCGGGACAACUGCGCCAUCCACAGAGUCUACUAUGACCUUUUUGAGCCUGUCCUGUCGCAGUUCAAGCAGCUCACCGGGAAUGCCACACGGAAGCAAAUUUACUACACGGGGGGCAGCCUGAUCCCUCUUGUCCAGCAACCUGGGGGUGAUGGUCUGAGUGUGGAGUGGCUGAUUCCUGACAUUCAGGACAACAGAGGGACAGGAACACAACUCCCAGACAGAGAUGGCAUGAUACUGCUGAACAUUGGCCUCCAAGAGCCUGCAGCUGGGGACCCCGUGCCCAUUAUACGUGUCCCAGGUGGCCCUGCCCUGACACUGGAGAUGUUCCUGCAGCAGCUUGCCACACGCCCUGGACGCUGGGGCAUACAUGUGCACAUAGAAGAGCCCGCAGCCCUGCGGCCAUCCCUGGCCAUGCUGGCCCACCUCUCUACCCUUGGCUAUCUUCCUCGGCCUGUGUGGCUCGGGGCCACAAUCUCUCAUGGGAGUUUUACAGUCUCUGGACAUGUGGCUGGCAGGGAGUUACUUACAACUGUGGCUGAGGUUUUCCCCCAUGUGACCGUGGCACCAGGCUGGCCUGAAGAAGUGCUGGGCAGUGGCUACAGGGAACAGCUGCUCACAGAUAUGCUGGAGCUGUGCCAGGGCCUCUGGCAACCUGUGUCGUUCCAGCUUCAGGCUGGGCCACUGGGCCAGAGCGCAGCUGGAGCCGUGGCCAGGCUGCUGGCAGCCUCUCCCCGAGCCACUGUCACAGUGGAGCACAACCCUGCUGGGGGCAGCUACGCAUCCAUGCAGGCAGUGCUGCUGGCAGCCAGGGCGGUGGACAGAACCCGAGUCUACUACAGGCUGCCCCAGAAUUACCGUGCAGCUUUGCUGGCGGAUGUUGGCAGAAACUGA